UGACUGACAAAGGACUUGCCUCCAUCACAGAAGGAGACAAACAACUCACAGGCUCACGUCACUGCCAGAGAGAAAUUACAGUCUACAGAGAGGCUUUCAAGUCAAGAACAACUCAAAGAACAAAUCAGCCGUCAACGAUGGUGUCCGGUGGGCUACAAAUCCUGGGUGCAGCCCUGGGAAUCCUGGGCUGGAUUGGUGCCAUCAUCGUGUGCGCCAUUCCCAUGUGGAAGGUCACUGCCUUCAUCGGCAGCAACAUCGUGACCUCGCAGACGUCAUGGGAAGGUAUUUGGAUGAGCUGUGUGCACCAGAGCACGGGCCAGAUGCAGUGUAAAGUCUAUGACUCCAUGCUGGCCCUCAGCCCUGACCUCCAGGCUGCCCGGGCCCUGACCAUCGUCGCCAUCGUGGUGGGCAUCAUGGCUAUCCUGCUCUCCGUAGCCGGGGGGCAAUGCACCAACUGUGUGGAGGAUCAGGCGUCCAAGUCCAAGGUGGGCAUUGCAGCUGGAGUUAUGUUCAUCAUUGCUGGGAUCCUCUUAGCCAUCCCUGUCUGCUGGACGGCCCACACUAUCAUCCGAGACUUCUACAACCCACUGAUGGUCAACGCCCAGAAGAGAGAGCUGGGUGCUGCUGGCGCUAUCAUGGCUUCUCAGGGCCUCCAGAUCAUGGGUGUGCUGCUCGCCUUCAUCGGCUGGCUGGGCACCAUCAUCACCUGCGCUAUGCCCAUGUGGAGAGUCACCGCUUUUGUUGGGGCGAACAUCGUCACGGCCCAGGUGAUCUGGGAAGGCUUGUGGAUGAACUGCGUGGUCCAGAGCACGGGCCAGAUGCAGUGUAAAGUGUACGACUCCAUGCUGGCUCUGCCUCAAGACCUGCAGGCUGCCAGGGCCAUGGUGGUCGUCUCUGUGAUCGUCGGGGUGUUCGGUAUCCUCAUGGCUGUAGUAGGAGGAAAGUGCACCAACUGCAUGGAGGACGAAGUGGCCAAAGCCAAAGCCUGCAUCGUGUCCGGAGUGAUCUUCAUAAUAGCCGCCUUGCUGAUCAUGAUCCCAGUGUCGUGGUCAGCUCACGCAGUGAUCAGGGACUUUUAUAACCCCCUGGUGGUCGCGGCUCAGAGGAGGGAGCUGGGGGCUGCACUCUAUAUUGGAUGGGGCUCUGCUGGGCUGCUGCUCCUGGGAGGAGGCCUGCUCUGCAACAACUGCCCCCCAAAAGAUGACACAAGACCCUACAUGCCGGCCAAGUUUGCCCCUGUAAGAACCGUAUCUUCAAACGUGGACUAUGUGUGAGUUUUUUGGGCUAGAACUGCAGCAUAAAAUGUCUCGAUGAUUUUUAUUAAAAUUUGUUAAGGCUCCCACGAAAAGUUUCACAAAAGGAUCUGUUUCUCAAAAAUGUUGAUGCUAAGGCUGACAUGAGCGAGAAAGUGGUGUAUUAAAGAAGAAGAAACUUCUCAGUCUUUGAAAUAUUUCACAAACUCUAUCAACAAUUUGGAGCAUUAAAGGUACAAAAGACAGUCCAGUAAAGUUGUUGUCUGGUAGUUGUUUUGUUUUUUCCAGAUAAAAUGUGUACCCACAAAAGGUUGACAUAUGCUGUCAAUUAUCAUUUUUCACAAAAAAAUGUAUUUUUUCUCCUUCUUUUGUUACAAAUAAAUAUUUUCCCUAUCUGAA